GGAACCAAUGCGUUCGAUCAACACAGCUGGGGGGACGCAAAUGACAGGCGGACCGUGGAGCCCGGAAGUGUGUGACUUGUGUUUUGAACGAGCAGCGGAACUUGAGACUGGACAGCAUCUGAGUUCAAGAGGGAUUCGAACGUUGCUGGGGAAAUGUCGCACUUUAAAGAUCACGUGGACAAACUGACCCGCGUCUACGAGCGUUACACCGAGUACGUGAGGAGGAACCCGGCCGCCACGGCCCAGCUGGAGUCCACCGUGAGGACCAUGUCCUAUCUGAUCGCAGGGCGAUUUGCUGAUUCCCAUGAAAUAUCUGAACUGGUUUACUCGGCCUCCAACCUCCUGGUUCUGUUCAACGACAGCAUUCUGCGUAAAGGGCUGAGAUGUUCCCUCCCUGCGACUGUGUCUCAGCAGAGACUCCAGACCUGGCUCUCGGUGCUGGAGUCCGUGGAGGUCUUCCUGGAGAUGGGAGCCAGCAAGCUGUGGGGGGAGGUCGGCCGCUGGCUGGUGAUCGGACUCAUUCAGAUUUUUAAGACAAUCUUUCGCUUCGUUCUUCUUCUGUGGUACAAAUCCGGGAUCCAGACUUCCCCCCCCAUAAUCCCCCUGGACAGAGGGGCGGAGCCUGGUAGUGAAGACGAGGACGGCGAGCUGGAAGAGGCGACCUGCUUCGUGGGUCAGAGGUCAGGACGAGUCAUCAGGCCGCUGGGCACCGGCCCGUCCCUGCAGGCCCGGCUGUGGGGAGCACCGAGUCAGAAGAAGAGCAGCGGCAGCUUGAAGGAGAAGCUCCAGAGCAAACCCACCGUGCUCCGGCUCCAGGAGAGCAUCGCCGAGACGGUGUACAUCGGACGGCCGCUCGUCCACCUGCUCUGCCUCGCACUCUGUGGGAAACAGUCCUGGAAGCCGUGGAUCGUCUCCGGUGUCCUGGAACUCUCCAGCUUCGCCGUCCUGAACGAAAGCCGAUUUGAGAAUCGCUGGGAGCGAGUGGAGAUGAGGAGGAGAACGUUCCUCCUGCUCUACUACCUCCUGCGCUCACCUUUCUAUGACAAGUUCUCUGAAGAAAAGAUUCUCUUCCUGCUCCGGGUGCUCGCGGAUCACGUUCCAGGAAUCGGGCUCAUUGCACGUCCUCUGAUGGAUUAUCUCCCCACCUGGCAGAAGAUCUACUUCUACAACUGGGGAUAAAACCGGACUGGGUUUCGGAUCUUGUGAUUUGAUGGAGAUGUUCUGGGGCAGCGGUGAUGAAGGACGUUGGGGGUCGUCUCUCCAGGUUCAGCCACAGAUUCCUGCUGUAAUUCCCCAGUAACCAGAGAAAACGCUGUGGAGACGACUUCCACGGCUGCACCUUCUUCUAACAACACUUCCUGUUUCCUGUCAGAGAUGAAACGCGACCACCCUGACGACUUCUCAGAGAAUCUGAUUGGUUCUCUCCGACACUACAAAGAGGUUCAGCGAACGAGGACCAGAUUUCCUCUAAGACCUGAAUAAUCGAGUUCUUGAUUUACUCACGUCUGUGUGAUGAAGACACAGAUGGAGCUGUUUUUAUUGUCUUGUUUCAUUAUCUCUAUUCUUGCCUGAAGCUCUGUCAGUGAUUUGUCUGUCGUUCGUUUGCUGAGAGAAAACUUGACACCGAUCAGCAGCAAGUGAUGAGUUCACCAGCAGAUCAGAAGAAGCUGCAGAGUGUCAGGGUCAAACGGAAGAAGACAGGAGGAGGGAGAGUUUUCUUCAUUUGCAUUUCAAGAAUAAAGUAGAACUGAAUCAGAUGUUAUAUAAUCUAAUGAGGUCGUUUGUUUUCUCAAAUGUUCGAUUUGAAUCUUGAGGUAAAUCUCGACAUGCUCAGAUUUGUUUUGACUCUUUGGAUUUGUCCUCUGGUCAUUUGUACGUCUCUGCGUGAGGGACACUCAGCGUCCAGAUUGUCAAACGUCACUGAACUCAAAACCCGUCAGACACAAAGUGCAGGUGGUGACUCAGGUUUUUAUCCAGACAACUUGUGUGUAUCAGUCAAUGACUUGAAGGCAGCGGAGGUUUUAAAUCUUUAUUAACAUACUGAAUACGUUUCUUUUUGUAGCCUACAAAUAAAUAGUUGAAUGUUUCAUCCUUUCAA